GUCUUGCCUUUGAUAAUGUCUUCCUUCAAACUGGACUUCUUACCGGAGAUGAUGGUGGACCACUGCACCCUGAGUUCCAAUUCUGUAUCAAAGAAGAUGAAUGGGUCUCUGGAUCACUCCGACCAGCCCGACAUCGACUCCAUCAAGAUGUUCGUCGGUCAGAUUCCACGGUCUUGGUCAGAGAAGGAACUGAAAGAACUCUUUGAACAGUAUGGUGCUGUAUAUGAAAUCAAUGUGCUUCGAGACAGGAGUCAGAAUCCCCCUCAGAGUAAAGGUUGUUGCUUUGUAACGUUUUAUACUCGUAAGGCAGCAUUGGAAGCACAAAACGCUCUUCACAAUAUGAAGAUUCUGCCUGGGAUGCACCAUCCUAUACAGAUGAAACCAGCUGAUAGUGAAAAGAAUAAUGCAGUGGAGGACAGAAAGCUGUUUGUUGGGAUGAUUUCCAAGAAGUGCAAUGAGAAUGAUGUCCGUGUCAUGUUUUCAUCAUUUGGACAGAUAGAAGAAUGUCGAAUAUUGCGGGGUCCAGACGGACUGAGUCGAGGCUGUGCAUUUAUUACAUUCGCCACCCGCUCCAUGGCCCAGAAUGCAAUCAAGACCAUGCACCAGUCACAGACGAUGGAGGGUUGUUCUUCACCGAUUGUUGUGAAGUUUGCUGACACCCAGAAGGACAAGGAACAGAAGCGCAUAGCUCAGCAACUCCAACAGCAGAUGCAGCAGCUCAAUGCAGCUACAAUGUGGGGUAACUUGGCUGGACUCAACACACUGGGACCUCAGUAUCUGGCGAAUAGCAUGUCAAGCAUAAGAUUGAUAUCGGUGUCUUUUAAAAACAAAAGUAAGGACUGGUUGGAUCGAAAGGUCUGGUUCCAGAUGGGUGAUAUGGUGUACUGCUGCAGCGUGAGGACAUUUUUGGCUGAGUGCUUGCAACUCGAGAAACCUUGGAUCCAGGUUGAGGAGUUGAAGUUUGAGCUGCAAUGCCACAUCAGGCAAGGGGAAUGUAAUCCGGACACUUAG